GUAAAGUCCCUUUAUUAACAUAGAACAAGAGGGCAGCAUGGAUAGUCUGAGUUAUUUAAUUCAUUUAUUUUUAUAAAUGCAAUUCAAAAGGGAAUUUAUAAACAAUCAAUUUAAUGUCUAUUUUGGCUAUAUAUUAGCUUGUUUCUGGACCUUUGAAUCAGCGACCAGAUUGCUGAUUAGUUCAGUGUUUCAAUCGAUGGAAUUAAACGAGAGGAAAAAAAAACUGUUUUUAAAUAGAAAUAUAAAAGAGAGGUUUAAAUCCCAAUAACUCUUUAUCCAUACAACAGUAACAACAUUUCCCUAAUUCCCCCUGCAUGGUUGUGUUGCUCCUCGUUGUCAAAUGGUGAACGUUUUCACAUCACACGUCAUAAGUGGUGUGAGGUGUGUUUUUUUUUUUUGUCUCGUCUCUCUGUGGUGACUCCGGAGAUGCUGUUAGUAACACUGGGUCAUUAGAGAAAGUUCAUUUCUGCUGUGUAGCCUUGCGGACCUGAAUACAAUACAAUACAAAGAAUAAAAUAUCAGAGAAUUACAAUUUGGUAAGUUAUAACCGUAAGCCUUUUUUUUGAUGAUAUUAUUAUUCAGUAGGAAGAUUCACAUGCAUACAUCGUUCUUUAUUAUUUGAUCAUUUCAAUUCACAUAUUUCAAUCAUAUGCGCGUAAAGCAUUUCAACUGCUUCUGUGCUUCUCUGUACACUUGUUUUGUGUGUGUUAUCUUUAUCUUAUUAACUAAUUACGGAUGAACAUGAUUAGAAUUUCGAUAUAGCACAUUUCCUGUUUUAUUUGUAUCUUUGAUCACCCCUUUUCCUGUUUGUUCCCACACCUUUAGUUCACAGUAAGAGACCAUGUUAAGACUGUGAUGUGGUGUGCCUGUGGGCCAUUGCGUUACUGUGCCAUUCAGUAAAAAGUUGCAGCAUUUUGUGAAGGAUCAAGCAAUGAGGCAAAAGUGUGAAUGUAAAAAUAAAUAAAUAAAUAAAUAAGGCUUUUGAAUAAUUUACCAUGACCAAAUGAUUAUUUAUGCAACAAGUUACAGAUGCUAAUUAACGUUGUGAUUCAUAUUUUAGUGCCUCGAGCCUCAAUUUGCACAUGCGUCCUUUUGAAUAUGUGGAUACAUUUCUCUUCCCUAUCUGCUAGCAUUAAGCAUUUUUAACAACAGUAAUAUGACUGAAAUGGCUAUAACUUUUCUCAGCUAAACCGGAACUGAGAUCAUGUUGAUUGGAACAAAGUCAUUCAGUCAGGCAUCAUACCACAUGGUAGCAUUUCACACUGGCUUUACAUUUAACAUACAACAUACAACAAGAGUAGAAAAAAUUCUUCUUCUUUCACCUCAAAAUGUUUUAAAGGUCAUGCCCACUUGUCUGUCCAGAGGGUACAGAAUGAGUAAUGCACUGGUUUUAUAGUCGCCCAAAAAGCAACAAUAAUUAGCGUUUUAUGUCUUCAGGAUUCUUUUAUUUUAAUUGUUUUCAAAAAUAUUCACUUCAUAGGCAGACUGCAUACAGAGCACUCAGGACAUCAAAACAUAUUUUGCUUUUACAUGAAAUGCUUAUAAUGGCGACUUAUCCAUUUGAUGGAUUUCAUUGGUGUGUGUUGAAUUGCUAUCUUAUUAUGUGGUCUGAUUCUGUCUUUGUUAUUUUACUGUACUGAACAGAACAUCUAAUUGAACUGAGAAAUGUGAAUACAUAUAAAAACAUAUGAACAUAUAAAAAUCAUAGAUACAGAAGACAGACAGACAGAUAGAUUUGUUUAAAGCUACACAGCACCACCAUGUGGUUGAAACACACCAUACACAGAUCAAAUGCUCAGACCAAAUUAAUGUAUAGAUUUCUUCUUCUUCUUCUUCCUUUUGUGCAGAGUUCACUGAUGGACGUGCAUAUGCUUAACAGAAAAAGCCUCUUGGAUGGCUAUGACGACUUAUUUGACAACAUAUUAGACAACUCCUCUUACAACUCCUCUUAUGAAGACUAUUGUUGUGAUGGGGGUGAUGUAUGUGACCUGAAAGACAACAUGCAUUUUGAGGCGGUGUUCAUCCCAGUUCUGUACUCUGUGGUGUUUGUUGUGGGUGUCCUGGGGAACGGAGUGCUGCUGGGAGUUCUGAUUCAGAGCAGGAGGACUUGGAGUGUGACAGACACCUUCAUCCUCCACCUGGGUGUGGCAGAUGUCAUACUGCUGGUGACGCUGCCCUUCUGGGCUGCCCAGGCUGUUUAUGGAUGGACCUUUGGCACUCCUCUCUGCAAGAUCACUGGAUCUGUUUUUACGAUCAACUUCUACUGUGGGAUCUUUCUGCUGGCUUGCAUCAGUCUGGACCGCUACCUGUCCAUCGUCCACGCCACCCAGAUGUACUCCCGCAGGAAGCCCUGGGUGGUUCAGGUCAGCUGCUUGGCAGUGUGGCUCUUCUCCUUGCUCCUCUCUAUCCCUGACUGGAUCUUUUUGGAAGCUGCAAGGGAUGAUAGACGAGAUGUAACAGAGUGUGUACCCAACUACUUUCUCUACUCUUCCUCUCAGUCAGUACGUGACUGGCGGCUGGCAUCACGGCUGCUCUACCACAUAGUGGGCUUCCUGUUGCCUUCAGCUGUUCUGAUCUUCUGCUACUCCUGCAUCCUGCGGCAGCUGCGGUGCGGCUCCCAGGGCCUCCAAAAGCAGAAAGCUUUCAGGGUUAUCGUGGCUGUGGUGGGAGUUUUCUUUCUUUGCUGGACACCAUACAACAUCACACUGAUGGUGGAAACAAUUCAUUCUGGCGAAAGCACUAACACCUGUGGAGUCAGAUCAUCUCUGGAGAAAGCCAGGAUAGUCACCGCCUCUGUGGGUUACCUCCACUGCAGCCUCAAUCCCAUCCUGUAUGCCUUUGUGGGUGUGAAGUUCCGGCGUCAGCUCCUGGACAUCCUGAGGUCUCUGGGCUGCAAGCUGAAGACAAGUGCCAAAUUCCAAUCUACUGUCAGCAGCAGGAGAAGCUCCUUUUGGUCUGAGUCUGCCGACACCUCCAACUCCAUUGCUAUCUGAGAGAGAGACACAAACCUGAACAAGCUUACAGAAAGCUCACAUGAAGACAGAGGCAUGAACAGCAAAGCGCAUAGUUUCUGUAUAUUUCCUGUGUUAUAUAACCUGUGACAGGCUAUGCUUCCUUUCAAUUUCCUGUAGUUCGCAGAGCAUUAGUAGCUGAACAUGAACAUGGACAAAUAUGUUUUGUCUGGCUGGGACUUGAGGUCAUACACUUGUACUUGUAGGCAGCAGAUCUAUGUUUCUUGUAUAGUAGAAAUAUAACAUUCCUCUUUUCUGACUGCAAGGCAACAUUGUAACAUAAAUAAAUCAACAUGUAAUACUGCAGUGAGUUUUAUGACUUUAGCUAUCUGCUAUUUUGACAUACAAAACUUUAAAAUGACAUUUUAUAUCACAAUUAUCCUGUAUAUUGCAUAAUGUUUUUGUAUAUGGAGUGUUCAAAUACAGAAUAAAAUUGUAUUUUUUUUUAACCAUCAA